AUGGAAUCCUCAACUAUCCUCCCUCUGGUCUGGUACUACCUCCUCACUAUCUUUAUCGUGAGCCUGGUCUACUCGUAUUCCCGAUCAUGGUAUCGCCUUCGUGACUUCAAGGGCCCCUGGCUAGCUAGCUUGACAGAGGGAUGGCUGUUUGGAAACACAACAAAAGGCGAUCUGCACAUGCGCCUGUACGAAGUUAACAAAAAAUACGGUCUGUCCAUCGCAGCAACUUCCAUACUACCAGCUCCUCUAAACCAGAUUUGUAUAGGAGAUCUAGCCCGUGUUGGCCCGAACUGGCUCGUUACCAGCGACCCAGACAUCAUCCGGUACAUGAGCGCAGCCAGAUACAAGCACCGCAAGUCGUCUUGGUAUGCAGCCUUACAAGUCGACCCCUUCCUGCAUAGUGUCUUUACAGAGACCAGCUUGGAAAAGCACGAUCGGUUGAGAACCAAAGUGCAGCCUGGCUUCUCAAUGAAAGAGAACCGAGAUCUAGGCGUCAAAAUCGACUCCCAAAUUGCUUCGCUAGUAAGCCUAAUAGAGCGCAAGUAUAUCUCCACGCCCAGCGAUAUCCGUCCAAUCGACCUUGCGCAGACGGCGCAGUAUUGGGCAUUGGACGUAAUAACCAGCAUCACCCUUGGCGAUGCCUUCGGGUACUUGACGGAGGAUAGGGACAUGUAUGACUUUAUCAAGAUCAUCAAGGGCGAACUUCCGCUGGCGACUGCCUGCUCGAAUACUCCUACCCUGGGGAAGCUUGUCUUUGGGACGGGGCUGCUGGCCUUGAUGGGCUCGAACCCGAAGGAUGAGAAGGGGCGUGGCAAGUUAAUGGGUGUCGCCCAAAAAGUGGUUGAGGAGCGUUUUGGCCCUAACAAGGUCGUAAAGGACGACAUGCUGGGGAGCUUCAUCCGCAACGGAAUUGAUAAACGCCAGGCUGAGGCGGAGCUACUUGCGACCAUUGUAGCUGGAUCCGACACCACAGCCACAGCCAUCCGAGCAACGAUGUUAUAUAUCAUGGCAAACCCGCGUGUAUACAACACUCUCAUAAACGGAAUCCAAACCGCAGAGCGCAAAGGCCGAAUCUCAUCCCCCAUUACAUCUGCAGAAUCACGGGAAAUGCCUUACCUGCAGGCCGUAAUCAAGGAAGGCCUGCGCAUCCACCCCCCAAUAACCGGUCUGCUAACGAAGGUAGUAAACCCCGGCGGCGAGACAAUAAAAGGCCGGUUCGUUCCAGGCGGGACUGGCAUUGGACACUGUGGAUGGGGUAUCCAGCGCCAUGAAGUCUUCGGGGCUGAUGUCGAUGUCUUUCGACCGGAGCGGUGGAUUGAAGCGGACGGUCUCCAGAGACGUGAGAUGGAGAGGACGCUGGAUCUGGUCUUUGGGACUGGGAGGUGGGGGUGUUUGGGGAAGGCGAUUGUGCUGGUGGAGUUGGAUAAGAUAUUUGUUGAGCUGCUCCGGAGAUUCGACUUUGAGCUGAUCUACCCAGGCUCCCCGUGGAAAUCUGUCAACUUUACCUUGUUUCUGCAGAAGGAGAUGUGGGUGCGUGUCACAAAGCGAGAGCAGGGCUCUACGGUGGAUGGGUUGGAUUAA